AACUUCUAAAAAAAUUUGUGCGGGAAAACUCGACGACGACUCACUCAUGUCACACACCACAACACCAAAACAACUCUCGCUCGGCAAGUGUCAGAUCGUCUGAAUUCCUUAGGGCGGUCAAGAGGAAAGAACGACAAAAAUUGUUUGCAAACAAACUAAUGAAUUUGUUUAAAAAACAAUCGUCCGUCCAUAACAGGCACUUCGAGUGGUACAGGGCUUCUGCGUGAACUUCUACCGCAGAAUGGGUAUCCCCUAGGUGGGUGAAAUAUUCACUGCUGCUGGUCAGGCUUUUAGUCGCUUAGGAGAUUUAACUAUGCAAUUACAUCCAAAUGCAGAAUCACCAGCGGGAAAAUGGACUGAUGAAGAAAUUGAUAUGCUGCAUGCAUCAAUAAUACGAUUCUCAGAUGAUUUAAAUAAAAUCAGUUUAAGCAUAAAAAAUAGGACAGUGACUCAAAUCAGACAGGCAUUAAAGAAGAAAGCUUUUGAAGAUGCCGGUAUACCAGCGAAACAAGUACCAAUGCAACAGGUUCAGCAUGUGGUACAAACGGUGCAGCAAAUUUCGCAAACAACGACGGUAACGCACCAACAUCAGUCACAACAGCAACAACAACAGCAGCAGCCGCAAACAUUGCAGAUACAGCAGCCAACACAUCAGAUUUUGAAACAACAUAUUGUACAGCAGCAACAUCAGCCAUCGCAGCAGCAACAACAACAGCAGCAGCAAACUGUAAUUGCCACGGGAGUGUUAAAUGCACAGCAAACAUCUCAGCACCAUCAGACCCAGCAACAGCAGCAUCAUCAAACGACAACGCAGCCCCAAACGGUGCACAUACAAAAUAUACAACAUAUUGUACCUUUACAACAAUUAUUACAACAGCAACAACAAUCAUCAACAACCUCAACACCUACACAAAUCAUUCAAACAGCGCCUAAACAAAUUAUAAUUCAAGCAUCGCCACACAGUGCAACUUCACUUGGAGGUAGUGGUGGAGGUGGUGGGGCAAGUGGUGCAGCCGCCAGUAUUGUGAACUUGAAUAAUGUAACAACAGCAAGUUCACCCCAAUUGACCCAGCCACAAAUUGUUCACUUGCAGCCGCAACAAUUUCAGCAAUUACAACAAGCUCAAGCGCAACAUCAACAACAACAGCAGCAAACACAUAUUUUGCAACCCACCCAUGCGAGUAUUGCGCCAACUAGUGUAACGCUACAGCAGUUCCAGCAAAUACAAGCCUCCAAAGGUAUUCUAACUGUGCUACAGCAUCCCCAGCAGCAACAACAAGCGGCAACGGUGGUCACAUCUACAGGCGUUACACUUAACAAUGCUGCAGCAACAACAAAUGUGCUGGCAUCGACCCCAUCUUCAGCAGCCACAUCAUUGAACACAAACUUAACCAAUGCAUUAUCUACCCCGCCUACAGCUUCUACGGUAACAGUAACCGAGAAUAUUGUUUUACAACAACCCACUAACAGCACAGGCGGUGGGGCCCAAAUGGUAGGCGGUACAAUUUCAUUGUCCUCGGGCCACAACGCUGCCGUUACCACCAAUGCAAUGUCCCCAACGGUUACCAACAAUUUGGUAAGCAACUCUACAAAUGCGGCAUUGGUAACGCAGUCAACCACAAUAGUAUCGCCUGGAUCAACAUCCGUUGUUCCCAGCCCAACUACCACCAUGGCUGUAGCCACCACAGGAACCAGUGUGGCCCUGAAGUCAUCCGGUCCCGAUGUUACGAUGACCUUGAAUCGCAUUAAUACCGCGGAACAUGAAGUUGAUGUUGAAGAGUGUUUGCCCGGAGAUGUCGUUAAGUUGGACUUUGCCGGCGAAGAAGUGGCCGGGUGAAAUUAUACU